AUGUCGUCGUCAUCCUGGGCCGGAUACGGUCCGUCGACCUCUACGCAAGGCCCGUCAACCAUCGCCCCGGUCCUGUCAAGAGGAGGGUCCGCGGAAAGACAGAAGAAGCCGCAGACGAGACAGUUACUGUCUUGCACGAAAUGUCGAGAGAGGAAGGUCAAAUGCGACCGCACGAAACCAUGUUCUGCAUGUUGUGCAAGAGGUCAUCCGAAAGAAUGCGAGUUCGUCGUCGGAGAAGGGAAUGAUUACAGUCCCAUUCAGCAAUCCUACGAGAUUCGCAAACUUCGCAACGAAAAUCAGAGAUUGCGACAGAGAUUGCAAGAGUCUCGCCUGUCACAGUCGGGCGAGGAGGACGAAGAUGAUGGCUCGCCGGAUCAAAAGACGUCGAAGUCGAUGUCGAGAACAGCGACAAGACAACGACGCUUCAAGACGGGAGAAAGAGUUGACAACCUCUACUUCGGAACGCCUGGUUUGGCGACCGUCGUUGCCGAUUUCGCCAACCUCCAAUUCGGCUCCCAAUCCCUCACCCACACCGUCCCUCGCGGCCGCGACAUGUACGCCGCACCCGACGGCUCCGCCAUGUAUCCCUUCCCGAUAAUCUGGCACGGCGGCAACUCGGCCAUCGAAAUGCGCCGCGCGCAGUCGUGUUACUUCCCGCAUACACCAGAUGAAGUGACGCGGAGAGAGGUGGAGAGGUUUCUGGACGAUAAGGAGAGGAACGCGGAACAGUAUCCAGAUAUGUUGGCGUUGAUCUUUGCGACUAUGGCGACGGGGAUGCAGAUGGGAGUUUAUGAUCGGUGUGGUGGGGAGUGGGUGGUCGGGGCGGUGGAGGAGAGUCGGCGGAAGAGCGACGUUUAUCUCGCCGCCUCGAUGCAAGCGCUCCGACUCGCUUCGUUCAUGAACACCCCAACUCUGCUUUCGAUUCAAACACUCAUCAUGAUCGGACCCUACCUCACCAACUCCGGCCGCUUCCUCGACGCCUGGACACUGUUUGGUACCACGAUUCGCAUGGCACACUCGAUCGGUCUCCAUCGCGAUCCGAAAUUUCUCGACCCGGCUCCUCCGCUCCGUGAGAGCAUGAUUCGACGAACACUAUGGUGGUGGAUGUUACACAUGGAUCAGCAGUACUCUGUUACUCUCGGUCGACCAUUGGGCAUCUCAGGUGUCGGUGAUUGCCCGCCUCCAGAGCCGUUGACGACGAAUCAGACCGUGCUGCGUCUGGGCGACUUCAUCGAUCGCUUCACGAUCCUGGCGAGACAGAUCUUGAGUAGCGAUGGCUUAAUGAAUGUGGGAAAGAUUGACGAGUUCACGGAUAAACUGCUUGGACAGUGGGACACCAUGCCGGAGGCGUUGCAAUUCAACGAGAGCUGGCUGAGGGACGAGACACCAUUACCAGACUGGCCGUUGGAGGUCAUGUCAGCCAGUGAGUAUCUCUGCUGCGUGACCGAGAUGUCUUUGGCUAACUUCACUUCAGCUCUCUUCGCCAAAGUCCAGUCUUUCCUGAUACUCCUCAACCGACAACGAGUGGAACGCACACAAGGCAUGUCGGGCGACCACUCUCCUCCUUCACACAUGGCACCACCGCCUCGUCCGCACCAGACCAUGCCUCAAUCGAAUAUCUGGCCUCCUUCCGACCAGCCUCUUCACGCCGCUCCCGUACGUGGCCGAAGAUUGGUGAUAAACUCCAGCGUCUCACUCCUGCACGCCUUCCUCUUCUUUUGGCGCCGAAAUCCCGCCGUACUUAUCUCCUGGACAAUGGGCCAGCAAGCUUUCAACGCCAGCAUGAUCCUGAUUCUCGACGCAUGGGAGACCGAGAACGAAAACAACGAAUGGCUCGUCAAUCAUGCCUUUGUUGUCUUCACGGAGCUCGAAAGACUUGGAGUACACAAACUUGCCAAACUGGCGGUCAAGCGGAUCUCCGACGGCAUCGCCAUUCUCGUCAAUCGACGACAACAACGCGAACGAGAUUCUGCCGCUUCCCAAUUCGCUGCCUCUUCUGGCCAGGCCGAUCAAUACUACACUUCAUCCUCGUCGACCUCACCCUUCCUUCCUCUCCUUCCGAUCGACACAGCUUCCAUGACCGAUUUCUCCGGCGACGCAGUCAUGGGAAACAACACAGGCAUGUUCCUCCUCGAAGAUCCUGGCCUACAAUCCUACACCCACCCUUCCUUCGAACCUCUCGGCUGGAACAUGGCCGGCGGAUCAAGCGCGCCUCCCUCAAAUACCACAACAUGCUCCUCCUAUGUUCCAGGCAACACAUCAUUCGACUACACCUACAACAACUCUUCAUACCCACACUACUCUCCGCCCAACCCCUCGAUCCCUUCACCCAUCAUCCCAGUCAGUCAAGUCACAGCCCAGCCCUUCCCCGCCGUCUCCUCUCCUUUCCACCCACACGGUCUACAAUCCUCCGCCUUCCCACUACCAAUCCCACCGCUACCGACAUCGAACCACAACACCCAUCGAAUCUCAACCCAUCGCAAUCGGACCGCCGCCCGAACAGCGCAUUCGCACUCCACCGCUGCGGCAGUCGCAGCAUUAGCAGGUUUUACGCCGAUCAAUAGUGGCAAUUCGCCACCUGAAGGAGGAAGGAGGAGGGUGAGGACAAGUCCGCAGGAGGUAGGGAGGGGAUUCGCGAGGAGACAAGCGGUGGGGAAGAGUACGGGAGGCGUCGCUGGUGGGAGUGGAGGAGGACAUCGAUUGGAUCGGCCGCCGAGGUCGGCGCAGAGGAGGAAAUGA